CUCUUAUAUAUGAGUCUGUAGCAUUUCAUUAGAAGGCAGAGGAAGAGGUUGUCUGGAGAGCGCCCGGAGAGCGCCUGCAGCCCUGUGAGCACUUCCACACAGCAGACAGCUACACAGCAGUCAUGAGUACAGCCAGUAAGGAAUCACUGGAAAGUUGUCUACAGCAGCUGAAAUGCCAUUUCACCUGGAACUUGAUAGCAGAAGACGAGUCCUUGGAUGAGUUUGAAGACAGGGUGUUUAACAAGGAUGAGUUUCAGAACAGUGAGCACAAAGCCACCAUGUGCAAUAUCCUGGCCUAUGUAAAGCACUGCAGGGGUCUAAAUGAAGCAGCUCUGAAAUGCUUAGGGGAAGCUGAAGACUUCAUCCAGCAACAGCAUCCUGACCAAGUAGAAAUCAAAAGUCUGGUCACCUGGGGAAACUACGCUUGGGUCUACUAUCACAUGGGCCAGCUCUCAAAAGCUCAGGCUUAUCUGGACAAGGUGAAACAGGUCUGCAAGAAGUUUUCCAGUCCCUACAGGAUUGAGAGUCCUGCGCUUGACUGUGAGGAAGGCUGGGCCCGAUUAAAGUGUACGAAGAACCAAAACGAGAGAGUAAAGGUGUGUUUUGAGAAGGCUCUGGAAAAGGACCCAAAAAACCCAGAAUUCGCCUCUGGAUGGGCCAUUGCAAACUACCGUCUAGAUGACUGGCCAGCAUCGAAUAACUAUAUUGACUCUCUGAAGCAAGCCGUUAAUCUGUCUCCUGACAACACUUAUGUUAAAGUCCUCUUGGCACUGACGCUUGAGGUGAUGCAUGAAAAACAAGCAAAGGAGCUGGUUGAAGAAGCCUUAAAGAAAGACCCAAUAGCAAUAGAUACACUGCGCAGUGCAGCCAGAUUUUAUUACAAGGUCCAUGACGCAGACAGAGCUAUACAGUUGCUUAGAAAGGCUUUGGAAUCCCUCCCAAACAACGCUUAUGUACAUUAUUAUAUUGGGUGCUGUUAUAGGUCAAAAGUCCAACAAAUGUUGAACACAAGGGCAACUGCAUUUAAUGGAGAUAGGAGGAAGAUAGAGGAACUAAUACAACUGGCACUGAAUCACUUACGGAAAGCAGAGGAAAUCAAGGAGAUGAUCGAAAAUUCCUGUAGCUUUCUUGCUGAUCUUUAUGCCAAAGCAAAGCAGUUUGAAGAAGCUGAUUAUUACUUCCGGAAAGAAUUCAACAAGGACCUCCCUCCUUUCCCUAAACAGUUACUCCACCUACGGUAUGGCAACUUUCAGCUUUUUCAAAUGAACUGUGAAGCCAAGGCUGUCUACCAUUUUAUGGAGGGUGUGAAAAUAAAGCAGAAAACAAAGCCAAAAGAAAAGAUGAAAGACAAACUUCAAAGAAUUGCCCGAUGGCGGCUUUCUAAAGAUGAAUCUGAUUCUGAGGCCUUGCGCAUCUUGGCAUUUCUUCGGGAGAAUGGAGAGGGUCAGCAAGCUGAUAAAGACCCUGAGGGAGAAGUGAACUCUGCAAACCAGGUCACUUCAGCAUCUUUGGAUGAAGCAA